AUGUCCUCUGCUGAGUCGGACCUUCCCCACGCCAUGCCCCCUCUGCCCGAUUUUGUUCUUUUAGCAGAGACUCACCCUCCCCCGUCCGGACUCGACACUGACGAAAUCCUAGCCGCAAAGGCAAACAAUGCAAAUGCGCUCAAUGGCACGGAGAUAUGGUGGCAGUGGUACCAGCCUUGGCUACUUAAACGACGCGGCUACCUUCUACGGCCCCGCUACCGACCGGGCUGGGAACCCCCCGCCCAGGUCGACCCUGCCGAAAGAGAGGACUGCGCGGAGCAGACUUCAGUGCGAGUGCUCGACGCCACGCGCAUCAUCGACGGGAAGCACGUCCUGUUGAAGAUCACUCACGAUGACAGCCACGGUGAUAGCGAGCGCACGAUCCUCGAGUACCUGUGGUCGCCAGAAUUACGGUCCGACCCCAGAAAUCACACGGUCCCUCUGUUGGACGUCUUCGAGUUGCCCCAGAAUGGCGGCACGGUGUUGGUCAUGCCGUUCUUGCGCGCUUUUGACGACCCUGCUUUUGAAACCGUAGGCGAGGCGGUCGAGUUCUUCCGCCAGAUAUUUGAGGGUGUGCAAUUCAUGCAUGACCGUAAGAUCGCACACGGUGACUUCGCAAAGGGAAACAUCAUGUACGACGCAAGCCCCAUGUACCCGGAAGGUUUCCAUGCCAUCGACACGGACCGCUCCAGGAACUGGGAGCGAAAGACGAAGAGCUUCACCCGUACUCAGCGCCCAGUGUGUUACGUCCUGAUCGACUUCGGCACCUCCGUUCGUAUAGAGGAGGGCGAUUCCGGCUUGGUGUAUCCUGCCCAUGGACGAGACUACUGCAGUGCGCCCGAGCAUCGCCCCGAACGCGUCAGCAACCAGGUUCCCCACGAUCCGUUCCCCGCCGACAUCUACUAUCUAGGGAACUUCAUCAAAACGGAGUUCGUCGAGGGACGUUUAGGAUUCGAGUUCAUGAGAGAACUGGUCGACGACAUGAUCAAGGAAGAUCCCGCCGAGCGCCCAACGAUGCCUGUGGUAGUGGGGCGCUUCCAUCUGAUUCGCUGGCACCUCCCUUGGUGGACCCUGCGCCGCCCAGUCGAUAGUCGGCGCGAUUCUGCGAUCGUACGGGUUUCGAGAACAGCCCGUGUGGUUCUUCUCACUCAGAGCGCUUUUUGGCCGUGA